GACCGCUUGAAUUCAGCCAAUCAGGACUGUCUGGUUCGUUCGAUCCGAACAGCCAGUAACUGAUUCACAUCGAAGUAAAGUUCUGUUCUCAUCAUUCGCUUGAGAAAAUUUUUGAACUAGUUCUUCCAAAAUGAUGAACAGCUUUCAACAAGCAUUCUACGAUACUCCGGAUUCGCUCUCGCUGCACGAAAUGGUGGAUUGCGAUAGCCGGGAAAUGGAUUUUAAUUUGAACGAUCCGUUGUUUCAAUUGCAGGAGCAGGGUAUCUUUCAAGAUAUACAGCAGUUGACAGUAAAGCAUGAAAGGCCCAGAACGGAAUGCCAUCCCGCGGCCGAUUUAACAAACUUGCAAUGGCUACAAAGCGUUAGUAUACCCAUGGAAAAAGGCUCUGCAAGCGAGAAACAAGUUAUGGUUGAUCCUAAUACUGCUUUACCAGUACAGUGGCCGAAUCAGCAACAAGUUUCCAUGUCCCAAGUACACACUCAAGUCAACGUUACUGCAGUUCCACCUCCUCAGAUUUUGCAGGCACGUGCGACUGAUUCGAAGCCCAAAAUCCACCAGCACAACCAGAAAAAUGGCUUGAAAGAUAGCUUAAAAUCACAGGAUAAAGCCUACCCGAAGCCUCUGUUUUCAUAUUCUUGUUUAAUCGCUAUGGCUUUGAAGAACAGCGAUUCAGGCACACUCCCAGUCAGUGAAAUCUACAAGUUCAUGAUGUAAGUUUCAUUUGGCGCCUGAAAUGGAGCAUGGCAAAUUAUUAGACUAAUAUCCGCAACGGCUUUUGAAAUUUGCUUUGUUUUGCUUUCUAUAGGGGAAAAUUUCCGUAUUUCAAGACAGCUCCAGAUGGAUGGAAGGUGAGUGUUAAUGUUUUUAUCGAAUCCAUUCUUCGCAUGGCCGGUACCUGCGAAUUUUGAAUUUAAAAACAUGGAGGUUGUAACGGUUCACGUUACACAACUACAAUCGCUUUCCUUCUGAGAAAUUCUCUCCAAAAAUUGGUCUAGCUUGUGAUAUUUGUAACGUCAGAUAAAAUCUUCGGAAGCUCUGGGCAAACUUCUUAAAAACUUUUCUGUCGUUAUCUCAACGGUUUCCUGAAAUUUGGCACUUGAAUGGUUUUCUUUGCUGCAUUACAAUGGGUUCCGAACAGCUGACAGCGAUUGAAGUCAUGUACAAAAUAUUACCUAGUUGUCGAUCGUUUUGCGAAUUAAACUUCGAUUCUCAAAUGUGUUCUUUCAAAAAAUGGAAUUUUCAACCAAGAAGGAAAAAAUUUGACAGCGGUGUGGUAUUUUCAUUGCAUUUCAUUCGCUUUCAUGACACGAGUAAUGCUAGUGUUUAUUGAGUAGGAUGUAACACAAUGGACUGAAUGUUGUUCGACUAGGAAGUGUUGCAACUGAGGAUUGUGGCCAACGUAAAGUUUGCUCGAUCGGAGUUCUAUUUAUGGGUGAAAAUUCUGACAUAACUAAAUCAAGGCAAAGUAAUGAAUUGUUGAGGAAACUGUUGACCAAGAGGGCAUGUCAAAAUGAAUUCAGAAUGAACCUUCAUCGCGCGCCAUCCUUGUAAAAUCAGAUCGUGAAUAUUAUGAACCUGCGUAGAAAUUCCUACCCGAUUAUUUCACAAAUAUUGCGCCUAGGUUUUGCGAUAGAUGAACGACAUAACGUGCAGUUGAAUCAAGAUACUCUGGUGUAAAAUACAGAGUUUGCGGAUCCCUCGAAUUUUGCGAGAUUCAGCCAUUACUGAAAUGUGAAUAUUGCGAUACAAAGGGUGGGGCUAUAAUUUUAUUUAUGGGUGGUCAGAAAACAAUUGGCCAUUUAAUUCCUUCCAUCUCUUGAACUAUUCGUUGUGAUCCUGAUCUGUUUUACGAUGAAAUAGUGACGGAACCCUGGAAAUCGAAGCCCUCUUCGGCAUGAGCGAGCGAGAUCGACGAUAUGGUAAUUCAACUCCACCCGAAAUAUUGUAACUAAAUUCAUUUUGAAAUGAAUUGUCCCCGUAAAUUUCGCUUCAAUGUGGUGAAUCAUUCGCAUAACUAGCAGACUAAAAGCUUAAUGGAUCCUACCGCGAACAAAGUAAAAUCUUGACCUUACGAAAAGUAUCUUUGACAACGAUUUUUAAAAAAUAUUUCUUCUUGAAAGUUCUCCUCCAACAGGUGGUUGCUACUGUGAAUAAUUAAUGUUCAUUCUAAUUGAGGUUCGUAGUGCAGCAAUAGUACUUCGCAAUUUCCUUUUUUCCUUCCUCUUCUCCGACCCUUCAGUAAAGCGAUAACAUUUUUGAGAUUCACUGGAAAUGAAAGACGUAAAGUUUCAGCUGAUUUCAAACAUUGUAUUUGCUACAACUUGCACUUUAAAAUCUAUCUUAGAAAUCUAAACGAAUAAAUAAUCCACGUCUAUUUUGUCAUGAUGGCGACACUUUCUAUAAUUUUUAAGGCUUAGUCUUUUCCUUUUUAUCUUUUCCUUGUUCUAAAUUGUCCAACGAAGAUGACAUGAUUUUUCGUUCAUCAGCAUAAUAAGAAUUUUUUGACGUAAUUGGUGAAAGAACGUUUCGAAAUUGUACCCAGUGGGAAAUUUGGUUUUGAAACACUCCCCAAUGCAAAUUUAUCCUUUCCAGGAAUUAAUUGCAGUGUUUUCAUCUCUCUCGCAGUAGUUUGUUUGUAAUAUUCUAUUUUGUUUUGGGAUGUCUUGCAAAAAUAUAUGACAUCAAAAAGAAAAAUAUAUUAUUUACAAAAGGAAUACGUUACGAUAUCCAGGUUCGUGCAAAUUAUCAUGCUUGAAAAUGAAUCUAUUUUUCAUUCCCAUAAAAGUUGAUGACAGAUAAUUUCGUGCUGGUAAAAUAAUAUGUGCGAUAAAGUCUCUAUUUUAAAUUUUUUUUGCAUCAGUGUUUUGAAUUGAAGUUCCUAUUUUGAAACUUUUUUUAAAACUGAAUUUGUUCGACCUGUAUGCAUUUGUGAGUUUUUGUCAGACCAUAUUGCGUUAACGAAAUUCUUCAAAUUAUUUUCAAGCAGUAAAUGAUGUUAAGUUAUUCCUUCCUAUGUCGUGGAAAUUGAAAUAUGACACUUAAUUUUUUUCUACUAAGGAAGUUAAUCUUCCCCUAGUGACCAAUUAAUAAUGUAUGAUUUUCGUGAACCACACCUCAAUUUGCAGUGAUUUCUACGAGAGGAAAGGUUUCAUGCUAUACUUUUCAAUUAAAUAUCUCAAUUUUCAUGAUCUCUCUCACAUUCAAACGACUCUUGAGAGGGGAUUCAGUGUAAAUGGACUUGUUGUCAGAAGAUUUCUCAAUUGGAAGAAAAUUUUUCUGCAGUUAUUCCUUGAUUUAGUACAGACCUAUAGAAUUUUGCAGAAUUCACAGUUUGUGAACAAUUUUUUUUUUCUUGCAUGAGGCAGAUCUUUGAGUUGGGCUAUUUUUUUUAAUGAUGUUACAUUCCAUUUAAUGUAGAAAUCAGAGUGCAACUAUGUAAGUCAGACUGAAUGUUUGUUCCAUUUACUUUUCAUCAGUUUACAACAUUUCAAACCAGUGCAAUAGUUAUUUAACCACAGUUUAACAUUUAUACAAAGUAGACAAACACAUAUAAGAGAUUACAUUGGAAAAUUAUGUCCUCAAAGACACAGCAAAUUUCAGUGUAGUUCAAAAUUCUCACCAUUGUUAAAUUUGCUCUUGUACUUCUUAUGGGUUUGAUUAAGAUAUAAACGUUACAACAUUUUCUACACAAGAUAAGAAUCUAUGGGGACAUAGCUGUUGAUUUAAAAUAAUGUCAGCUUGAUUAAAGCAAGCAUUCUGAUGUUUAAGAAAGCACUGGGAGUGUUUUGUUAGUGCUUAUGACUACUAAUUAGCAAAUCACUGUCACUAAAAUUAUUUGUAAGGUUUUAUUUUAUCAGAGUGUUGAGUAUAACACUUUACAAUUACUUUGACUUGUAUUGAAAAGCUUGUAAUGAUCUAAGCACAUCAAUGAAAUUCAAACCAGACCUUUUGAGAAUCUUUGGAGAGAUUUCACCAUGAGAUGUCAAGAUUCUUACAAGUAUUUAAAAAACUGAAUUAUGUUAGGAAUUCUAUCAGAAAUACCUUGUUGUAAGUUAAAAAUGUACUUCAUUUAUCCAAGCUGUAUUUUGAAUACAGUUGUAAGGUUCUACAAAUUUUUCAGUGUACAAGCUUUCCCCAUCAUAUCUUUGGGUUUCAAACUAGAUAUUAUUUUUCCUAUAUUACUGCAAGGUUUUGAAUUAAAAACCAUGAAUCAUUUGUUUGUAAUCAAAGUUCUACUCUAAACACCUCUCAGAUUUAUUUUCCACUCACAAUAAAAAUGUCAUAUAGGACCUGGUUUUAAUGCAAGUUGCUACUUCUUUUCAGAAUUCUGUUCGGCACAAUCUCUCAUUGAACAAGGCAUUUUGUAAGCUGGAAAGGCCUCAAGGUGCCUCUCAGAGAAAAGGAUGCCUGUGGUCAUUAAAACCUGAGAGACGUGAACAAAUGGAUAAGGAAAUAAGAAAAUGGAAGAAAAAACAUGCUGAAGCUAUUAGAGCAAGCAUGGCAAAUCCAGGUAUGUGAGUACUUAACAAAGCAGUGUUUUCUCUUUCUCUUUACACUCUACCAAUGAUAUGCUUUUCUACUAUUCUCAUACCCUUUACAGCUGGUCAAAAGUGUACUUUUCAAAAAACGACAAGAAGCAUAGGCAUCGAUAUUGUGUACACGCUUGUAGGAUUCUGUUGGUUAAACAUAUUCUAUGGAACUGAAAAGGGGAAUUUGUUUCACAGUCAAGAGCAUCUUAAGCUAAGACCAUUUCCUAUAAUUUCAUGACCUUUAAGUUAAUGUUUGACUCAAAAAUAAUGCUGAAAUUGAAUUUUUCUAGAAAUAAAACAAAUGUUCUAGAGUAAGCAAUUACUUGUGACUAAAACAAUUCUUCUCAAGCUAAAGUAACACUGGCUAGCCAAGUUAGUAACUGUAGAGGAAUGCUCUAUCAUGAGCAAGUAAGUUUGUCCGUAGGGAGAAAUGUAUCAACUUUGACUUUCUCCCUCCUGAUAUGUUGUUUGAUUAGAAUUAGUUGCUAUUUUAAGGAAAAUUUUUCUGAGUUUAAUUUUCUUAUGUUUUCCCUAGAAGAGUUAUCCAUCUCAAGUGAGGACUUGGAAAAUUCUCCAGAGCUGAUUCAAUCAGAAAAUUGUGAAGACAUAGCAGCAGCAGAUGCCGCCAAGGAACUAUUUGGCAAUGAUUUGAUUCAAGAAAUUCAACAAAAUGAAGUACUGGAUUGGGAUGAUAUCAUCUCUCAAAGCACCGAACUUCCACUUGAUCCAACACUCAGCACUUGUACAACCUUGCCGAUGUCAACACAGCCAAUCAGUGGCAUUCAUGGAUGUGAUCCAAUCACAACCACGGUAGAAAUGGAAAAUUCUGCGCAAUACUUUGUUAAUAGUGAUGGGCAAGAUUUUGACAUCCCACUUCCAAUGGUGUCUCAGUACUACAGCUUGCAACCACAACAUAUCAAUGUGGGUUUUUGA